CACAACAGCUUGCAGUCUCUGUUGUGCAGGUUCAGGCAACAGAUGGAGACAGAGUUGCCCCAUAUAACACAUUGCGGUAUGAGAUCAGCGGUGCUCCAUUCAGUACUCUGGGACGCCAGUACUUUAUGGUCGAUCCGGUAACUGGUGUUGUGAGUGUGAGGCGUAAUCUGGAGACAGACACCAGUGACACAUCUGUAUACAGGUUUAUUGUUGAUGCCAUAGAUGGAAGUGGAGUGAGGGCACCACAGCCUGCCAAUGUUGAUAUCACUGUGGACAGGAAUCUCUUUCCUCCAGUCUUUAUUACCACCAACUACACAGCUGUCAUCAACAACACCACACCACAGGGCUCACCAGUCUUCACUGCUUUGGCCACUGAUGGUGAUUCUACGAGUCCCUUCAAUGUGGUGCAAUACAGCAUCAUUGGGGAUGAUGGGAGUCAGAGCUUCUUCAGUGUUGAUGCUACCAGUGGUGCGGUGUCACUUGCACAGCCAGUGUUUAACAUCCCGAAUACACAGUUCAGGGUGCGACUCCAGGCUGUGGACGGCUCAGGUCUUACCGAUGUGGAAGUACUCACUGUGUUCAUUCAGAGAAACCUGUUUGCUCCUGUCUUCACUCAGGCUUUAUACGAGCGUGUCAUUCAGGAAACAAUUCCUGUAUCCACCAGUAUUCUCAACGUGUUCGCCCAGGACAGCGACCAAACAGCCCCCUACAGUACAGUCAGCUAUUUUGCAAGUGGCUCAUCAGACAGGUUUCUUGUGAAUGUCAACAAUGGAGCUGUAACUGUUAGACGCUCACUUAUUGGUGAAUCUGGCCAGACUUUCACAUUCCAGGUGUAUGCCCAAGAUGGUGGUACCCCUCCACUGCGUAGUCAGUUUGUCACAGUUCGCAUCAAUGUAACUCGCAACAAUUUUCCUCCUGUGUUUGUCAACGAGCCAUACAGCCAGUCACUGCUGGCAACAGCAAGUGCAGGAGAUGGUGUAGUCCAAGUUACAGCCACUGAUGCAGAUGUUGAGUUUCCCUUCAAUAAUGUGAGGUAUGAUAUCAUUGGUGAUGACAAUGCCCCAGCCAUCUUCCAAAUUGAUGAGAGCAGUGGUCAGAUAUCUCUCCGAAACACCUUUAGUGGUGAUGGUGCUGAGCUCUACAGGAUCCGAGUACGAGCACGAGACGGUGGCAACCCACGUCUGUCUGAUAUCACUGUUGUGUCCGUUAAUGUGACCCGAAAUCUUCGUGCACCGGUUUUCAACACCCCAACCUACAGUGCAAGGAUUUUGGAGACCAUAAACUUUGGUGAAGUUUUUAUCUCAGCCACAGCUCAAGACUUGGACACUUCGGCCCCCAACAAUGCACUGACCUACCAGCCGACUGGUAAUAUAGAAUGUCAACGAUACUUUGGCAUCAACAACAAUGGGGGACUGUAUGUACAAGCUGACCUUGUCACAGAUCCUACAAGGGCCACAUUCUACACUUGCCAAGUAUCAGCACAGGACCAAGGCAAUCCGCGACGUGACUCCACCAACCAGGCCACAGUGAGCAUCAAUGUGAUCAGGAACACAGCCCCAGAGUUCACUAAUCUGCCAUACGAGGCUGUAUUGCAGAAAAAUGUCACCACUGGCACAGUUGUCGGAACAUUCACAGUUACUGACAGUGAUACAGAUGCACCUUUCAAUGAACGGAACUUCAGGAUACUUGGUGAUGGUAACGCCCCUGCAUUAUUCAACCUAAAUGGAAACAAUGUGGUGGUUACCAGUGCGACUGACCUUGCUGCAGAUACCACCACUUCAUAUACGGUUCGUCUUGAAGUGAGAGAUGGUGGCCGCUCUGCUCUAUCAGGAACAGCUGUGAUGGACAUUCAAGUGAUCCGGAACCUUGCAACACCAGUCUUUAGUAAUUCAUUCAUUGAGCGCAAUAUUAAUGAAAACUAUCCAGUGGGUGGACUCAUUACUAUCCUCAAUGCAACUGAUAGUGACCCUCAGGCUCCGAAUAACGUGCUGAUAUAUCUGGCCCUGAACCCGAGUAGUACAGACUACUUAUAUGUCAAUCCCAUCAAUGGAGCAGUUCGUACACAGCGGUCUUUUAUCGGGUCAACAGUACGUCAGUAUGAUUUUUUGGUGAGGGUUCAAGAUGGUGGUAGCCCCCCCAAGACAGCUGUAGCUACUGUGCGUGUUAAUGUGGCUCGUGAUAGCCAGACACUGGCAUUCCGGCAGGACAACUAUGUGUUUACAAUUGUGGAGAACACCCCUGCCACAAGCAGUAUCAUCAAUCUUGAGGCAAUACCAGGGCCUGAUGUGAUAUACCGGCUUACUGGCUACAGUGACUCCGGAGAUUACUUCCGUGUCAACCCAAAUAAUGGGGAGAUAACUCUCAUCAAGGACCUCGCAACAGAUGUUUCAAGGCGGCCAACCUUUUAUUUACAAGUUGAAGCAGAGAAGCAGUUCACAGUCAACCUUCAGAAGGCUAUUGCCAAUGUCACCAUCACAGUGCAAAGGAAUACAAAUGGUCCUAUCUUCAAUGAAACUGAUAGCAUCUAUGAGGUGAUAAUUGAUGAAACUCGUGCACUUGGGUCCACUAUCCUUCAGUUGUAUGCUCCAGAUGCUGAUGGGGAUACAGUUCGCUAUGAAGUGAUAAACUACCAGGCUGGAGAAACAGAUUUCCUCUACCUAGGACCUUUCAGUGGCCUUAUUCGUGUUGCCAAACCUUUGACAUCCACCAACACCAGGAGGUUUGAGUUCACAGUUAGGGCUAGGGAUGGAAUGAAUCCAGAAAGAUCCUCAACUGCCACUGUCAUUGUCAAUGUCCGAGGUGACAACCAGCCACCAGCAUUCAUCAAUGAACCAUACAAUUCUCGGCUCAACUUCAGUGAUCCAGUUGGAACCCGUGUGUUUAUUGUACAGGGAACAGAUCCUGACCUCAUUGGACAAAUGAAUUACGAGCUGACUGGACAAUACUUAUCAGCACCAGCCUUUUUCCGUGUGGACAGAACAACAGGAGAAGUAUUCCUGUCUUCCUCAAUAUCAACUGAGAGUACAUCCACAUACACUCUUGGCCUGUCAACUUUUGACUCUGCUCGCCCUACGAGAAGAGACUUUACCAACCUGACCAUCACUGUAAACCAAAAUCCCAAUGCUCCAGCUUUCACAACAUUCUCCUAUGACAGGACGAUCUCGGAGACAAAUGAUCUUGGUGUGUCUGUCAUCCAGAUUGAGGCUAGUGACCCAGAUGGACAAAUCCUGAGCUACACAGUAGAGGCGGCGAAUCCUACAGAUUGUGAUUCCUUCUUCCUGCUCGGUGCCUCCGGACUCAUAGUGGCCUCACGUGCUCUCACAACUUCCUCGUUUCCCCAGUGCACAAUGACUGUGAGAAUCCGAGACAAUGGUGUUCCUGUAAGACAGAGUGUUGGUCUUGCCACAGCAACCAUCAGGAUUGAUAGAAACAACAAUGCUCCUGUAUUUGGAGGUGGUCCAUACACAAGAACCAUCCCUGAGACACAAAAUAUUGGCUUCAUAGUUUUCCAGUUCCAAGCCAGUGAUGCUGACCAACCGAACACUGAAUUCUCACGUUUAGAGUACAGUUUGAUUGGAGAUGACAAUACUGGCAAUUUCUUUGAAAUCAAUAGCCAGACUGGUGUGUUCACAGUCCGAAGUCAACUGGACAGGAAUGAUAUAGACAGAUAUGUGCCACGAGUGGUUGUAAAGGAUGGUGGAUCUCCAAGCAAGAGCGCUACAGUCACUGGAAUUGUUAAUAUACUGAGGAACCUCAAUGACCCUGUGUUUAACCCAACCUUUUAUAAUGCGACUAUAUUUGAGACUCACGCCCUCCGUGACAGUAUAGUGCGUGUUGUAGCAACAGAUGCAGACAGAUCUGGUCCUCAGAGUACAUUCACCUUUUCGCUGCAAGACUUGUCUCGAAACUUUGCCAGCACGUAUUUCCGAAUUGAUACAACUAGUGGCAACAUCUUUGCCCGUUUGCCUCUUACCCAGGACCUGACAGACACUUCUUUUGUUGAGUUCUCAGUAACAGCCACUGACCAAGGUGUACCAGUGCAAAUUUCAGUGCCACCUGCACGUGUGCGUGUCAACAUUAUCCGCAACCUGAACCCCCCCUGUCUUCCAGAGUGA